CUAACUUUGACCUCUCUUCCUAUUUACUCUCUCACUCCUUCACGCUUCCCAAUACCCACGCCCGUAUUAAACCCCCCCUCACAUUCUCUCUCUCUUACCUUCCUGGAUCUCAAGCACGCCUACCUCUUCGAUUCCUUACCUUUCAGAAAUAAAUAAAUCCACUCCUUUGGUUUUUUUUUUCAGUAGCAAUUCAAAUUGUCCUUGAAUGUUCACUCAAAUAAUCAUCAAUUUCAGGAAUUGCUGAUUUUUCUGAUUCAUUUUGAGAAUUUUUGAAAGAAGCUUCAAUAUGCCGUGGACGUCUUCUUUUAUCAAGUAUAGCGGGAAGUCUGUUCGAUUGGUUGUGUUCUUCCGUUUUAUUCUGUAAAUUUCCUCUGUUUUUGGCAACCGUUUAAGGAGUCGGCUUUUCGGUUCGAGUUCUUCAAUUUUUACCAAUCUGGGUGGUGGUAUUGAGAAUGUUCGUUGCGUUUAACAAAGAGAUAGAUCAAACUAUUGCAGUUGUUGUCCAGAUUACAAUGAAUGGUGGGGUUAUUGGGUAUUACAGAUUGAUGCUAGUUAGUCAGGCUGAGUAUUUCCGCCAGUUGCUUAAGCCUGUCACGUAGGCUAACAAAGCAAUUUUGUGGGAAAUUUGGGAGGGGCUGUCUUCAUUCAUGCUCUUGCAAUCUGAUAAGGCAGUAAGAAACCAUUUUCUGUGUUCUUUUGUAGGCUGAGUAAUCCCAUUACUUGCUUAAGCCUUUAAAUAGUCAGAGUAAAGCGAUCUCGUGGGAUAUUGGGACGUGUACUGCCUUCAUUAUUGGUUAUGGAGGCAGGGACAUGAAUAAAUAAAAUAUGGUGGGGGUAGAUGGUUAAUUUGAUAUUGGUAUUGCUUGCUCUCUAAUAAUGGCUGCAAUAAAGCAUUGCUAGUCAUUUAGCUUCUUCUGGUUGAAGUGUUUUGAGGAACUUAUUCUUUAGUGGUGAAAACCUUUCGUAGAGCUUUGGUAAUUUUACGGGAUAGCUCAUGCAUAAUAACCGGAAGUGUUCGAAUAGACGAGGGGUGGCCCCUCUGGAAAAUCAGGGUUGGGUAAAUGGGCAGCAUAAUGUCUCUCCUGCAUCUGCCUUUGGUGGAAGUUUACCAUCGGCCUCAAAAAUGCCAAGACCUGUGCAUGAUAUUGAGUUUCAGCCUUCUGAAGUAUGCCCUCAGAAUUUCAUUAUUGUGGAUGAAGAUGCAAACCAAAGUCGGAUCAUGUACCAUCCUGGAAUUGCACAUAACUUAAGCUAUCCUAACAUGGAUUUCCAUGAAACUCCCAACGGAGAAAUUACUCAGGAGAAUUUUGGGAAUAAUUUUGAAGGAGGCAUUGUUUCUCCAGAUAUGGAGGAUUCAGAUUACAUUGACUUAUUAAUGAGCUUAGAUGAAAAUCAAGGGGAAUCUGAAGAGGAAGAAGUAAGUACAGCAGGAACUCAAGGUUAUGAUGGUAGCAGUUCUCCUGAAUCGUUCUGCAAUUACACAACAAAAUGCAGAAAGGCAACAUACCCUUGUUCCGUCCAAAGGGCAUCCACUAGUGGCAGCAGCCACAAUGAAAACAAAAGAAAAGAAGCACGCAAGAUGGUCAAGGUACUUCGAGGAAUGGUUCCUGGAGGUGAUCAGAUGAAUACUGCAGCUGUUUUCGAUGCAGCUGUUCAUCAUUUGAAGGGGUUAGAGGGCAAGGUGCAAAGGCUCGGACUAAGUAAUCACAAGCAUUUUCCUUGAACCACUAAUUUGUUGUUUCUUGCUCGACUCUUGGCUAAACAGGAUGGAUAUGAAGCUAAACUGUCAGUAAUUGUUCUUCUUCUGCAGUCUGCACUGCUACAAUUUCACCAUUAUCUUUGCUGAUCUCAUCUUAGGCAAUAGCAAUGGACUGAAUUGAUGUCAUCCCAAUAAUCAGACUUCUGAUUACAGCUAUUGUUAAUUAUUUGUGCAAGUUUUUUACCUUUUUUCGGACACGUGCGCUCUUGUCACUGUGACGCAGUAGAACCUCUAUAACUUCGAUUUGGUUCAACGUGCAAUUAGUAGUAGUUAAUUAUGAUCUAAUCCGACUUUAUGUAAGCGUGAUGUUAUUAUAUAUCUUAAACUUAAUGCUAUUAUUAUGUUGGAGAUUAAA